CCACAGAGGCGCUUUGCUCGCCCAGCUGCCUCCCACAGCCUCCACAGUGCCGGCUCCGGCCUCAGGGGGAGAGGCCUGGCCCCUCAGGAGGAGGYCACGCUCCAUGGGGAUGCCCGGAGGAGGGACAGUGUCACAGCCGCAGGCCACUCACAGCCCCCUGGAGCCGCCGCCGGCCACCACGAUCCUAUGCACCACGUGUGGCUCCGUGUGCAAGGGGGAGGUGCUGCGGGUGCAGAGCAAGUACUUCCACAUCAGGUGCUUCGUCUGCAAAGCCUGCGGCUGUGACCUGGCCGAGGGUGGCUUCUUCGUGCGGCAGGGCGAGUACAUCUGCUCCCAGGACUACCAGCGGCUCUACGGCACCCGCUGCUACAGCUGCGACCAGUUCAUCGAGGGCGAGGUGGUGUCCGCGCUGGGCAAGACCUACCACCCCRACUGCUUUGUGUGCGCUGUCUGCCGGCUCCCCUUUCCCCCCGGGGACCGAGUGACCUUCAACGGCAAGGAAUGCGUGUGCCAGAAGUGCUCCCUGCCCACGGCGCUGGGCAGCAGCGUGCACCUGUCCCAGGGCCUCCGGAGCUGCGGGGGCUGUGGCUCAGAGAUCAAAAACGGCCAGGCCCUGGUGGCUCUGGACAAGCACUGGCACUUGGGCUGCUUCAAGUGCAAGGCCUGCGGGAAGCUCCUGGACGCAGAGUACAUCAGCAAGGAUGGGCUGCCGUACUGCGAGACCGACUACCACGCCAAGUUUGGCAUCCGCUGCGACACCUGUGAGAAGUACAUCACGGGGCGCGUGCUGGAGGCCGGGCAGAAGCACUACCACCCCUCGUGCGCGCUCUGCGUCAGGUGCGGCCAGAUGUUUGCGGAAGGCGAGGAGAUGUAUCUUCAAGGUUCCUCCAUCUGGCACCCGGCGUGUCGGCAGGCAGCCAGAACUGAAGACAAGAGCAAGAUGCAGAGCCCUAUCUGCAGCCAGGCCCGCCCGGGCACCGCGCCUCGUGCCCUGCAGGACACCAGGACUUCCUCGGAGAGCAUCGUCUCCGUGCCCGCCUCCAGCACCUCAGGGUCUCCCAGCCGCGUCAUCUACGCGAAGCUUGGAGACGAGAUCCUUGACUACAGGGACUUGGCCGCGCUUCCCAAAAGCAAGGCCAUCUACAACAUCGACCGCCCAGACAUGAUCUCCUACUCGCCCUACGUCAGCCACUGCGCGGGCGACAGGCAGAGCUGCAGCGAGUCUCCUCAGUUGCUCUCGCCAACGCCGACUGAGGGGGACCAAGAUGACCGGUCCUACAAGCAGUGCCGGACCUCCAGCCCCAGCUCCACCGGCUCUGUCAGCCUUGGGCGCUACACCCCGACCUCACGGUCGCCCCAGCACUACAGCCGUCCAGCUGGUACUGCAAGUGUGGGUACCAGUAGCUGCCUCUCCCUGUCCCAACACCCCAGCCCCACCUCCGUGUUCAGACAUCAUUACGUCCCCUACUUCCGAGCUGUCCCUGUGCUCCCGUCUGGAGGCAGUGAAAGUGGCCGCAGCACCCCCAGCCUCUCGGUGCUCUCGGACAGCAGGCCUCCUUCCUCCACCUACCAGCAGGCCCCGCGCCACUUCCACGUCCCAGACACUGGCGUAAAAGAUAACAUCUAUAGGAAACCCCCUAUCUACAAGCAGCAUGGUCCUGUAGCCCAAUCCCCAAUUUCCAAGCUCUCUGGCCUGGUGUCAGUCUUGUCCUUGGUGGUGCAGGAGGCAGGCUGCUCCAAAAGGCUGACAGGUCCCAGCCCGCCGCAGGCUGCAGCCGCGAGGCGAGUGGACGGGGAGGACGGGAGCUUCGACCAGGAUAACAGGAAGAAGACCAGCUGGCUCCUCCUCAAGGGGGACUCGGACACAAGGACGAACUCUCCAGACCUGGACAUCCAGUCUCUGUCCCACAGCAGUGGAACAGAGCGAGGCCCUCUGCAGAGAGGGCCAGGAGACAGCUUUUCUCCACGGUUCCCCUAUUCCAAAUCCGACUCCCUCCCAAGACAUGGGACGAAUGGCCUGGACCUUCGGAAUGCCAAUGUGGCCCCUGGUGGAGCAGACCCGGAUGCCAGCUGGGGCACGCGAGAGUACAAGGUCUACCCAUAUGACGCGCUCAUCGUCACCAACCGAAUCCGCGUGAAGCUACCCAAAGACGUGGACCGGACGAGACUGGAGAGACACUUGUCACCCGAGGAGUUCCAGGAGGUGUUUGGGAUGAGCGUGGAGGAGUUCGACCGCCUGGCGCUGUGGAAGAGGAAUGACCUCAAAAAGAAGGCCCUGCUCUUCUGACGGCCGCCAGCCCUCCCCGCGGGCCGCGCCAGGGCAGCGCCCGGGAGCCCCCGCCAGAGCCACACACCCUUCACCCCACACCUCGCCGUGGCCUCUCUGUGUCAGUGGGACGGGUGGGGCCCUGGGGGAAGCUGGGCUGGGCAGGAGGAGGGCCCCAGCGGGCACAGCCCCCGGCGUGCGGAGAAGCGCCUGCCUCGAGUUUAGGGCCAGGACCCCUGGCUGGACUCAGCCCUUCCCAGGGGCCGCUCGGCUUCCGGGCCGGACACCCAGACAGGGGUGGCCCACCUUUGGGCACCCCCAGAGUGCCCGGCACUGGGGCGCAGAGGUGGCCAGGACGCGGGCUGUGAGAGGCUCUUCAGUGACAGGCGCUGUCAGAGCCGGUGGCCCCGCCUGGAGGCCGCAGACUCACAGGCCAGGGCAGGAGACAGAAGGAGAGCCAGGGGCAGAGCCCAGCGCCGGGUGGGCGAGCAUCACACCUGUCCCUGACGCUCUCUUCAGGAAGGAGCGGCCGCGGACAGGGUGCCACCGAGCGCUCCAGGCACGGCUCCCUCCAGCCACCCCCUGAGGCCUAAGUGAGACCUUUCAAGUAACACAGAAGUCUUUAUUUUUAGAAAAGUCUAGCUUACCUACACACAGGAUGACACCCGCGCAGAGUGUAGCUCUACGUCCCGGGGAAGGGGAGCACCUCUGCCUUACGCCCCACCGUGCGGGCCCCUGUGGCCCCGGCUGGUGGCGUCCCCGAGAGACAGGACCCUCAAGAGUUUCCUCUUGUCUUUCCCUGUGUGUGUCACGUCGACGCCCUGAAGCCUGACCCUCUGAGUGACCUGUGUGUAAGUCCGUGUGACUCGUGGCUGCCAAGGCUCCUGGCCCUCAUUUUUCCAAGUCUCCCCCAGUGGCUCUGGAAUAAAGGUCUCCCCGUAGCCAGCCUGGUCCUCUGAGGCCUCCGGGGCACCGUCCUGGUGGUGGCCAGCGGUGCCUCGCCUUAUCCACUGUAAGACAAGCCACACUCGUGGGGACCCUGUACCCGUGCACCUCCCCCACACAGGCACCAAACACUUUUGGAGGAGAAGGUGGAGCCCUUGUCGCCUCCAAUCUGUGAGGCCAGCAGAGCGUGGGGUGGAGGGAGCAGGAGGCUGGCUGACGGGCCCCCCAGGUGACACGCACUGUCUGCAUUGAUAGGUGGGCAGGGCACUGACAAGGUGCAGAGGAGGGUGGGUGGAAACCGGGGUCAGUUUCUGUUCCUGUGUGUCCUGCCCAGCCCUGCCCCUGAGUCGUCCCUACUCAGCUUCCUCACAGUCCUGGACACACCAAGUUCCACUUGGCCCUCAGCUUCUCACCAGCCCAGCUGUUCCACAGAGGGGACUUCUAGCUCCUAAUGCUUCCUGCCAUUUAGCCACCCGAGCCUGCGCAACUGGAAACCCCGUCCCCUCCCUCCCGCCCGGUGUCAAGUCUGACCCCAGGAAGUCUGGGGUAA